UUAUGACGUCAUUACAUGCGCCGGAAAAGCACACUACACUAUUGAGCUAUUCUCUAGAGUUUAUCAAAUAAAAUAAACACAUUUUGUGAAAUAAGAUUUAGUAAUUUAGGUUACACAAUGUCCUUGGAGACCGUACCAAAAGAUCUUCGUCAUCUGCGGGCUUGUCUGCUAUGUUCUCUCGUCAAGACUAUUGACCAGUUCGAGUAUGACGGCUGCGAUAACUGUGAGUCCUACCUGCAAAUGAAGGGGAACCGGGAGAUGGUUUAUGAAUGCACAAGCUCCUCCUUUGAUGGUGUCAUUGCAAUGAUGAGUCCUGAAGACAGCUGGGUGGCUAAGUGGCAAAGAAUAGGAAAUUUCAAGGCAGGCGUCUAUGCUGUAACUGUAACUGGAAGGUUACCUCCAGGAGUGGUGCGAGAACUAAAGAGCAGAGGAGUCAUCUACAGGUCCAGAGACACGGCAGUGAAGACGUAAACGUGACGCACAGCACAGCUUUGGCAUCGCAUCCCAGAAACUUUCCUCAGCUAAAUGCUACACUGUUGAUUAUCGUCACCUGUCUGAAGAAGUCUGUUAAUCCGAUUGUAUUCCAGCUUCUGAGCCACACAGUGCUCUACAACCUGUAAUAUCUCACCGCUGAUGUAAGAAUAAAUAGCUAAAAGCC